AAUAUGGCGAUCAAUUUCAUACCAAUACUAUUGAUUAUUAUGGGAGUAGUGAUUGCUACUGAUUUCAUCCAGGGAGGGUAUAUAUCAAGUAGAGUGGAUACUAACAAUAAUUUUACGAACGGCAAAAUACCUUUGUUAAAGCAGGGAGCUGGAAAUGGGAGUGAGUCAGAUCCGUCAACAACAAUAACACCACCAACACCAUCAACUACGAUGUCGACGACAGUAUCAUCAGAUUCUAUGGGUAUGAGUUCAACAACUCAAAACUCUAGUGGAAAUGAUAAAAAAGAGAAAGAUGAAAAGGACAAGAAAACCAGUCUCACGAAAUUGAAUGAAAAAAUUAAUAGCCGAAUCAGACUAUUAAUGGAAUCCUCGAAAAAGGGUCGUUACGAGGAUAAUGAAGAGUUCAAUACGCAUUUCAGUAUUCUUGAGCAAGCACUGGAAUUAAAUGAAGACUCUAUCGAUAUAAAAUAUCAUUCCUAUGAUCGUUUCCGACAAUACAAUACAAUACGUCUCAAAUUGGAGAAACUUAUUACGAAGCGAAUGAAAGCGUUAACUAAAAUACUAAUCGAUCGACAUGAUAAUGUAUCCGACUAUUGCCGAAAGGUUUAUAAAAUGCAAUUAGAGGAAUUGGAUGAUGUUUUAGAAUUAUCUAAUGACUUGAAGAGCUACAAAUUGGAAACUAACAGCAAGACAUGUCAAAGUGAUGGUGAUGAUAAUGAUUACGAUGAUUAUUAUUAUUUUUAAAAGUCAAAGAAAACAAUCAAAUGUAUUUUAAUAUAUACAUAUUUUUAUGGUUUUUUUCUAAACCCAAUAAAAAUGGUUUCUGUUCAUAA